GACGUCAUUGCACAGAACGUAGACCGCAAGGGCUUCUGGGAAAAGACUGCUGCGUUGGAGACAUUUUGGCUUUAAAGGGACUGAGCUAACCCGCAUCUCGGUUUCCUUGAGCCGAAGGGAAGAUGUCCACCAUGGUGUACCCACAGGAAGAAAAGCUGGAGAAGCUCUCCCAGGAGGAGAUCAUCUCCAACACAAAGCUGGUCAUCCAGGGGCUGGAGGCCCUGAAAAAUGAGCACAACUCCAUCCUUCACAGCCUGCUGGAAACCAUCAAGUGCCUAAAGAAGGACGAAGAGGCCAACCUGGUCCACGAGAAGGCCAACCUGCUCCGCAAGUCUGUGGAGAUGAUCGAGCUGGGCCUGGGAGAAGCGCAGGUGAUGAUGGCGCUGUCCAAUCACCUGAACGCGGUGGAGUCUGAGAAGCAGAAGCUUCGCGCUCAGGUGAGACGGCUGUGCCAGGAAAACCAGUGGCUGCGCGACGAGCUGGCCAACACCCAGCAGAAGCUGCAGAAGAGCGAGCAGAACGUGGCCCAGCUGGAGGAGGAGAAGAAGCAUCUGGAGUUCAUGAAUCAGCUGAAGAAGUACGACGAGGACGUCUCCCCCACUCAGGAAGAGAAGGACAGAGAAACACCAAAGGACUCACUGGACGACCUUUUCCCCAACGAGGAUGAGGAGAACAAUCAAGGAAUGCAGCACCAGCACAACAGUGCGGCCGUGGCUGCAGCCCAGCAGGGCGGCUAUGAGAUCCCCGCUCGUCUGAGGACCCUGCAUAACCUGGUCAUCCAGUACGCCUCUCAGGGCCGCUACGAAGUGGCCGUUCCCCUCUGCAAGCAAGCUCUGGAGGACCUGGAGAAGACCUCCGGCCAUGACCACCCUGACGUGGCCACCAUGCUCAACAUCCUGGCCUUGGUUUACAGGGAUCAGAACAAAUACAAGGAGGCAGCUCACCUGCUGAACGACGCUCUGUCCAUCCGUGAGAAAACCCUGGGCAAAGACCAUCCCGCUGUUGCUGCGACUCUGAACAACUUGGCCGUGUUGUACGGAAAGAGAGGGAAGUACAAGGAGGCGGAGCCUCUGUGCAAGAGGGCUCUGGAGAUCAGGGAGAAGGUCCUCGGAAAGGAGCACCCAGACGUGGCCAAACAGCUGAACAAUCUGGCCCUGCUGUGCCAGAACCAGGGCAAAUACGAGGAGGUGGAGUAUUACUACUGCCGCGCUCUGGAGAUCUACGAGUGCAGACUGGGCCCCGACGACCCCAACGUGGCCAAAACCAAGAACAACCUGGCGUCCUGCUUCCUCAAACAGGGGAAAUACAAAGAGGCUGAGAUUUUAUACAAAGAGAUUCUCACUCGGGCUCACGAGAAGGAGUUUGGAUCCGUUGAUGCUGAGAACAAGCCCAUCUGGAUGCAUGCAGAGGAGAGGGAGGAGAUGAGUAAGGGAAAACACAGAGACAACACUCCAUACGGAGAGUACGGCGGCUGGUACAAAGCCUGCAAAGUCAACAGCCCGACAGUGAACACCACCCUGAGGAACCUGGGCGCUCUGUACCGCCGACAGGGCAAGCUGGAGGCUGCAGAGACCCUGGAGGAGUGUGCCGUGAGGUCUCGCAAGCAGAGCAACACAGGCAUCGACCCCAUCCACCAAAGUCGUGUUGUGGAGAUCCUGAAAGACACAGACGGCGACCGGCGGAGGAGCAGGGACAGCCUGGCCAGCGUAAAGUAUGAGAGCGGCUCGGAGACCGGCGAGGAAGUGAGUAUGGGCGUGGAGUGGAACGGGGCCUAAAGCCAUCGAGAUUAUUCCUUCAUCCUUCUCUCCUUCCCCAAACACAAACAUAAAGGCUGGUGUGCUAUCGUCCCCUCUGGCAUCCUUUGUCCCAGCAGCUCCUCUUCCAUUCCUGGUGCCCCCCUCCCUCGGUGCGACAGAGGCUCAAAACACCCCACCCCCCUCUGUCUGGGACGUUUGGGCUCCUCCUCUCUUUCGCUCUGUCCUCUGCUGUCGCUAACCGAUGUCACAUCACGUCGCUUCAGACUCGUUUCCCGCCGUAACUAAAGAGACGUCGUGGCGCGUGUCGUGUUUUUGUCACCCGCACAACCCCCCUCCCCCCAUGAAUGCACACUGAGUAGUUAUUUCUGGAUGACCGUGCUGCCUUCAGGGGCAGUCUCACCCCCCCAUCAUGGCUCCAGUUAGUCGUUUCUAAGCAGUCGUGGAGAAGUGGACCUCAGCCAUAAGAGUAUAUUUUCAUUUAUUUAACUCUUUUUUUUUUUUUUUUUUUUAUGUAUAAUUUGCCAACGGUGAUAUGAAAGGGUUUGAGUUUGAAAAGCGUGAGAACAGAUGGAGAUGAGCGGUACUGUACGGUAACACGUGUUGUUGUCGUCUGAAAGUGGAGGGAAGAAAAAGGGAACGUUGCCUUUUUUCCUCUCAUUCUCUCUUUUUUAUGAUUAUUGUUUACAUUUUUUAUGGAUCCGUGUUGCUUCGUGGCUGAACAUAGAACGGCUUUUAUCGCCUGCUGUCAAAGAGCAGAAGUGCCGACGACAGACCUCUCGGAUCGCGGCGGGAUGCGGUUGCCGUGGCGACUUGUUCUCUCUCUCCGCUCACUCUGGUGCGAUGGCAUUUCUGAAGGUAGCCCCUCCAACCGGAAUGAGAAGAAACACCUGAGAUGUCUGAGGAUGCACCCGUUUGGAGCCAGCAUGGCCUCCGUCUGCUCCUCCGCGUGUUCGAUGGCGGUCAGACGUGUGUCGGCUCGUGCUGGGGCGUGGCUGUGGCGUCGGUGUGUGUGCUUGCGGUGCUUAGAAGAGUCACUUUUCAGCCUGGAUGCUUUAGCACAGAGUUCAGUGGAGGUCCUCACCUGUUCUGUCACACACCUGUCUGACGGUUGUCACUUGUGGUGGACCUUUGGUUAUUUUGGCGCCACGGUCCCGGAGUGAGCGCUCCUCACAGUCACAUGUUAAACUAACUGAAUGUAAAUCACUUUGGUGGAGAAUUUCUUUUCGUCUUCCGUGUUCAUGCGCAGCUCUCUCUGUCAGACCAACCAGGGGUGAAGGUGACCUUUACCUGACAGGUUUCAGCUCUACGGUCUGCCACCAUCAGCUGUUGUGGUGGGCGUGGCCUUCCGCACAAACUGGUCAGGUGGCCGAUGGCUAUCCUUACCCGAAAUGCAAUGGCGACGUGUACGCCUCUUCUUCCAGACUUUCUCUUGUUCCGACGCUUGAACCUGUUUAGGUCUGUUGGAGCUCAAAAAUAAAAGAAGCAGAGCAACAAAAGGUCCCAUCAUGCUUUGGGGCAACACAACAGGAACCAAAACCAGUUCAAAGACGAUGGAAAACAAAAACCGUUCACUGGGUUGAUGAGGAGGCGAACACAGACAGAAGGGGGCGUCGUCAGCCACGCCCGCCACAAACAGCUGAUAGUGACGCUUCAUCUGAACAGGAAACGGGGAAUAAAUCUGCAUCCUUUAGUUGUCAGACAGACAGAAAAGGCGUAAAAGACUUCUAGAUUCUUCUGUGUGAGCCCCUCGCCUUCAUUCCUCCCUCUGAGCACUCCUCUGCUUCUACAACCACAAAACCGUCGCUCCUCACAUAUUUAUGACUAUAUUGUUGUGUUAGUGGAAUGCUUAUUUAUUGACCUGUAUAUUCUCAGACUAUAUAGUGUGAUCCAUACGUGGAAAAGCAUAAAUGCUAAAGCCUGUAGGCAGCAUCUUAGUGAGUAGGACUGCAUUAUAUUCUCCAUUAUGCAUUGUGAAGUUUAUGGCAUCAACACCUGUUCAAAUAAAGUUUUUCAUUUGUGAA